UACAGCCAGAGUAUUCCAACAUUUGUUAGACAACACAUCAACCAAAUAAUAAGUAGCAGCUCCUACACUUGGUGAUAGAACCCUCCCAAAACCUCUAACAUGAAGCUUUUCACCACUACAUCCACCCUGGUGAUCCUGGUGGUCUUGGGGAUAAAUCUGGAGAUGGUGACCGCUGAGGACUGUGACCUGCCAUCCUGUACAGUCAUCUCUGGGCAGGAAGUUCGCUGCAAGAACCCUUACGCCUGGUUCGAAUUUCACCCUCACCCAACCAAUCCUAACCAGUUCGUACAGUGCACUAGGUAUGGCCCUCAGGUGAUGACCUGUCCCCAGGGUUUGAUUUGGUCCCAGUUACACAGGCUGUGCAACUAUGACUACAAUAAGCCCAUUCCUGACACCGACCCCCUCGUCUGUAACUGCAACAACUGCUUCCUGCCCAACCCCGCUGAUGCUACUACCUACUACUGGUGCUUCGAUUCGAACGGUGAUGGAGUAAUAACACCCCACGAGCAAGCCUGCGCCCCCGGCACCACCUAUAAUCAGGCCAUCAAGCGAUGCACUUAAACUGCGCCUCCACCACCAUUUGCGCCACCCAAGAACACCUGGUGGAUAUGACGACGAUGACUAUCUGGAAGAGCAGCAACAACAAACAACAAAGCAGCAACAACAAACAACAAAGCAGCAACAACAAAAGAACAGGAUUUACUAUUACCAAGAAGGACAACAAAUACAACAACAAUGAACCGCAGUACCGAGUACAGCCAGAACAUCAAAAACUUUAAAUGCCAGCCACAACAACAAUAAAAACAACAACUACAACAACAGCAAUGGCAACAACUUCAAGAGCAGCAACAACGUCAACAAAAACAUCUACAACACCAACAAUAACAAUGGCCAUAACAAAAAUCCAUUUCACUGGAUAGGAAUCAGCUUGACAGUGUGCACAACAAUGACUGGCUUGUGUUGACACCCUCCACACACACACCUGCUGCCUCUAUACACACCUGCUCUUACACACCUGCUGUCUCCACACACCUGCUACUACGUACAUAUUUGUCAAUUUUGCACAGCUUCUGUUCUUAUUAACCCAUGUUGCUCUGCAUUCUCUAAUAAGAACUUGUUUUGGUCAUUCAGUAAAUCAUUUUCAUUUACACUGGAAUUAUGUAAACACUUGUAUAUGGCCGAUUUUUUUCAUCUUACAUAUUAUAUCUAAGGAAUAUAAUUUACAAUUGUCCUUUUUAAUCUUGCAAUCAAGUAAUCCAGUAUAGAAAAUUAUUUACAACUGGCUUUUAAUAGAUUAAAAUGUAAACAAAAAUAUUCAUAAAUGUGCUUUUCUUUCCCAAAUAAAUAUCCAUAAAAAAUAUCA